AUGAUUAUUCAACUUCCUUAAAAGUAUUCUAUAAAUCUGGUUAGAGACAUACUCUCAAAUAAUGCUACGAUUGAAUUUGAUGAAAUAUAGGUCUAAUAAUCAAGGGAUUCUUUCUUAACAUUUAUUAAAAACAGUCAACAACAAAUAUAUGGAUUCAAUACAAUACUUGGAUAGAAAAUGCCUUAACCUAUAAAAGAUCUCCAAAACUAUGAAACCAAAUAAUUAAAACAAUUAUUAGAGUGCAAUUCUUCAGAUUAUUUACAAUAAGAUCUAUGUAAAAUUACAUUAUUUGUGCUGAUCAACAAUUUAAUCAUCAAUAGUGGAAUUAGUCUAAAUACAUUAAGAUAACUCAAAGAUGUUUUUAAUAGUCAUAUACAAUUACACUUACCAUCAACUAAUUUUAAUACAUAAUAUUAUGAUGGAAGUAUUAAUUGGGCCAUAUUAUAGUUAAUCAAAAACAUCAGUGAAUAUGACACUAUCAUAAUUACAUUAACUAAAUCAUUAUCAUUUGCUACACUUUUAUACAAUACACAUAAAAGUUUGAAAUAUAUAAAAAUGGCAUUUAUUACUACUUCUGUAUCUUUUGAGGCUACCAAUGGAGUCAUCUGUGCAUUUACUUAGCUGGUUAAUGAAGUCAAAUAACAUCAAGGUCAGAUGGAAGUUGCUUAAGAAUUGUAUAAUCUAUUGACUGUAGAUGAUGAAGAAUCAGAUUUGAAUAUAAGUUUAAAGAGAAUAACAAAUAAUAUACUUUAAGAUGCUUAUUCAACAAGAUGUAUACCAUAAGUUAUAGGAGCAGCAUUAGAUUAAAUUAAAUUCAUUAUUAAUUAAAUUGAAUCUUAGGAAAUAGGAUAAAGAGCUUAUGACUUUGAAGUAGAUAGUAAUACAAAAUCAAUCACAGAUAUAAUCUAUAAUGAAUAAAAUAAUAAUGAAACUGAAUUAUUAUUAAUAGAUUAUUUGGCUAUAGCAGUUUCAGAAAUUGGAGCUAUUACUGAAGUAUAUAUAUAGUUUUUUAGUAUUUCUAGAGAAGAAUUCAGAGGUUAAUGAAUCCAAAGUUAACUAAAUUAUAAGAAUAUUAUGAAGAAUAUUUAAGAGAUGAAGAAUCCUUAUUUGGAUUUUAGUAAUUGGCUAAUUAGGCCAGUAAUUUAAUAUAAAAAAAUAAAAAGUAUUGUCAUCCUGUUUCAGGUGAUUCAAUGCCAUAAACUACUCAUUUAGAGGAUAUCAAUAAUAACUUUGAAGAUUCUAUUUUAAAAAUGUAACAUAUUACAUAAAAUACAAUUCAAAUAUUGGCUAUUGAUAUGUUUCUUAGUGCAAGAAUUAUUAAAAAAUUAGAAUAAAAGGAAGGUAAAUUGAUUCAUUCUAAAUUGGAUACUGUAGUUUAGUAAGUAUUACUUAUAGAAAAUACCAUUUAAGUUGCAUAAUGGUUAGAAUAAUUUAUAAAACUGUGA